GUCGGUAUAACUGUUUAUAGCCCCGGUAUUAUAUGAAAAAACGGGUAGUGCUGUAAAUACUAAAGUGUUAAGAAUGGCUGAUAAAUAUGUGUCAGGCUGUAAUAGGCCAAGAAUCGUCACGUUACGUUUAUUUGCAGUACUGAAUUGUUUAGCUCUAUAAUUAAUUGAUUUAAUACUAUCGGUCCAUGCGUCCUCUGUACCACUGAUCCAGCAGAGGGUCACGCCGCUUUAUUAACGUUUCUUUUGUAAAAUAGCUUAGAUCGUACAGUGAUAUAACUAUGACAGUGUACCGUGGAAAGACGGGCUGUUCUUUCAGCCUUUUGUAUACGGGGUUACGAGGGAAAUUCACUAUCUGCUGAAAGAACGACAUCAGAGAGAUGGAAAGUCAGCCUGUUAUUAAUGUGAGCAGUUAUGAAAACCGCUCAGUGCUUCGCUCCGAAAAAGAAUUCCACGAUGCUGCCAAAAGAAACGAUGUGGAAAAAAUGCAGGAGCUCAUUAGAAAAGGCGUGGACGUCAAAGCCAAAAACAAAGUCGGCAGGAAGGCCCUGCACUGGGCGGCAGGGAUGGGAAAUGAACAGGCCCUGCGCUUGCUCCUGGACCACGACACUGAACUGGACUCCGAGGACGUUUUUGGCAUGAACGCUGUGCUGCUUUCAUCCUGGUUUGGUCACCACAAAAUCCUGCAGAUCUUAGUGGCUUCAGGGGCAAAACUGAACUGUGAAAACAAGAAUGGGUUAAACAUGCUGCAUUGUGCCGCACAGAGGGGUCACGUUAGUGUCAUGCAGUUCAUCAUGGAAGACCUGGAGGAUGUGAGGCUUGACAGAGUGGACAAGUCAGGUAAGACGGCCCUACACCUGGCUGUAGAGCAUGGACAGCUGGAGGUGGUGGAAUACCUCAUUGGGUUUGGAUGUGCCCACGACGUCAAGGACAAGGAGAUGAACACUCCAUUGCAUCUGGUGGCCAGGAACGGGAACAUAGAAGUUCUGCAGAAGAUCGUGGAGACUGGAGUGGGUCUGGACGAGAAAAAUGUUGACGGAUGGACGGCCUUGCAUUUCUCUGCCGAUGGAGGUCAUUCAGAGUGCGUCCGGCUACUGCUGGAAUCCUGCUGUGAUGUCAAUGCACUCACACAUAAGAGUAUGAACGCUCUCCAUUUUGCAAGUCGACACAGUCAUGUAACAACAGCAAGACUACUAAUAGAGGCGGGAAUCAACACAGACUCCUUGGACAGUCAACGGACCACGGCUCUUCACAUUGCCGUGCUCAACAACCAUGUGGAAACAGUGAGGCUCCUGAUCGAUGCAGAAUGUGACCUGGAUGCUUGCGAUGGUAGGCAGCAGACUGCCUUGCACAUAGCAGCGGAGUUCGGCCGACAAGACAUUGCCGAGAUGAUCCUUAUCGCAGGUGUCGACCUCAGAGUCCUUGAUAAGCAAGGGAAGACAUCUUUGGAUGUAGCAGCAAGAGGAAACCACAUCAGUUUGGUGGACAUGAUCAUCAAAGCAGACAGAUUUUACAAAUGGGAAAAGGACAACCUGAGCAGCGACUCGGACUCCUGGGCGGAGAAGAACGUGACCUUCAAGCAGGACCACCGAGUGGAGACCCGCCACAUCCGAUCAGUCUUGUGGAGGCUGGCCACCGAGUACCUGAAGCAGGGAGAGUGGAAGAAGCUGGCCGGGCAGUGGAAGCUGACGGAUGCACACAUCCGGGCCAUAGAGCAGCAGUGGACUGGUACAAAAAGCUACAAGGAACAUGGACACCGAUUGUUGCUCAUCUGGCUACACAGUGUGACUGUGGCCGGUGAAAAUCCAAUCAAAGGCUUGUACGAGGCCCUGGUGGCCAUCGCUAGGAAAGAUCUCGCAGAAAGUAUCCGACAAAAAGCUAAUGCAGAUUCAAGUUCUCCGAAGAAAUGUACCACCAUGUGAAAGAGACUCUCCAAAGACUCUCAGGCUUUUCCACAAGUGUGGUGAAGCUUCGGAUAUGUUCUCACCAACAGCAAUCGCAGUGAAUACACUGAAGCUCACAUACGACACAUACAUCCAUAAAAGCGGCACAAUUCCUUUGCCAACUUGUUUACACAACUAUGGAGGGACACAGGGUGAAUCUGACAGACGUGAUUUAAGCACUUUGGUCUUGAACAGAAAAGGCUCUAGCUGCAUUCGCCUUUGGACACACACUAUUGCCGGUCCCCGAAACACAAACUUUUUUUAUAAAGCUGCAAUGAAAGCAGCUAAAUACCAUCUUAUGUUCCUUUUACAUUCAGAGACGUUUGUGUAUCUUCCCAAAUGCAUAACAUUUAGCCCCAGUCAAGUGGUGAAGUUGCCUUUUUGCACUUUUUUUUUGACUGGAUAACUUCUGGCAGAAGUUUUAAAUCCAUUACUCGUGCGUUACAUACAUAGUUGGAUCUGUCUUUAGGAACCAUCAUUUACAUUUAACCUUUAACAAGAGGCAUAAACGAAUGUCGGCUAAUGGUCAGUGGAUGUUGCAGCUGUGUCGGCCAAUUACUAUUAAUUGUGCCAUUUGAAGAGCCCAGACACAGGGCGUGUUACGCACCGACGGGGACACACUGGUCUCUAAUGAGCCCAAAUGCACAGACACCUUGGAUCUAGCAGAUACUUUUAUCCAAAGUGAGAAAGCAGCACCAGCCACUCUUAUAGUACUGGGGGGGGGGGUGAAUUAAGGCUGUGUUCAAGGCCCCAGUGCUGAAAUCACAGCGCAGUUAUGGCAUCGCAGCCAAACACGUAACAGCCCACAAACACGUCAGGCACAGAAGCAGACAUGCAAAAGCAGA